AUGUUGUUGAUGAUAAGUUUAAAGAUAUGGAUAAUAAGUUUGAUUUAAAAAUAAGAAUAAAACCUAAAUAGAAGAAUUAAAAAUUGUAUUAGCUAAUCUUAAAUAAGAUUUUCAAGAAGAAAACAGUUGAUGAAUUUAAAGUUGGAUCGAUCUUAGAAUGGCAGAAACACAUUUAAAGUUCGUUCAUGUAUAAGAACAGUAAUAAGGAAUACAAAUCAAAUGAAUAAAUUGUUAAAGCAAUAAACUGUAAUAGAUUAGGUGCUAUAAGAUAUAGAUUACCAUUACAAUAAUUUAGAUGAUUAAAUAAAAAUCAUAGGAGAUAAAUCUUAAUUUCAAUUUAUACCAUUUUAAUAAGAUGUAGAUGCUUAAGUAUACUAAUAGCUACAUAUUAAAAGUUAAAGAUAGUUCUGGUAAAAUUUAAGAGACUAUCGGGAUGAUUAGAAAUUUAGAUUAAUGAGCAUUAGAAAUUUAAAUUAAUAAAUAGCUUUUUUAUGUGAUCUUGAGUUUAGAAAAACUUUAAUUAUCAAAUAUUUGAAGGGAUUAAGAAUUUGAUG